GUCAUUGGAUGCCACGCACUUUCCAGUCCCAACAUGGCGGAGCUGUUUGAUAAGUAUGUGUGCACCAACUGCCAGGAAGAUAUCCAGGGGAUCCGUGUCCAUUGUGCUGAAUGCGUGGAUUUUGAGUUGUGUCUUCAGUGCUUUGCCGCUGGGGCUGAGAUUGGGGCGCAUCGGAAUGAUCACAAUUACCAGUUCAUGGACACGGGGAUCUUGUCGAUAUUCCGCGGGAAGGGUGGCUGGUCGGCAAGGGAGGAGCUGCAUCUUCUGAAUGCCAUUGAGCAGUUUGGCUUUGGGAAUUGGGAGGAUAUUAGCAAACACAUUGAGACCCGGAGUCCGGAAGAGGCCAAGGAGGAGUACGUCAAUCACUUCCUGCUGGGUACAAUCGGGCGGCAUACAUGGCAGCCAACGGCUGAGACAAUGCGCCCCCACCUGACGGAUCACACUGUGGCUGAGGAUAGUGGGCCACUGAGUCAGCUGGUGACACAGCGUCUACCUCCCAUUGAUGUCCUGCCAGAAGAGGCUGCCCAGUUGGGCUAUAUGCCAAACCGGGAUGACUUUGAGCGGGAGUACGAUACAGCUGCAGAACAGCUCGUAUCCUCCCUCUCCCUCAGCGUGGACGAUGAGGAUACAGACAUUGUCCUCAAGCUCGCUCAGGUGGACAUCUACACACGAAGGCUACGUGAACGUGCCCGCAGGAAGCGCCUUGUGCGGGAUUAUCAACUCGUGGCGAACUUCUUCCGCGGCAAUCUCAGGCGGACACGCUACAGCCGGGAACAGCGUGAAAUGCGUGAUCGUUUCCGGGUGUUUGCUCAAUUCUACUCAGCGCAUGAGUUUGAGCGCCUCCUGAGCUCCCUCGAUCGCGAGAAGGCACUCCGGAUUCGGCUCAGUGAACUCCACAGGUACCGUUGGAAUGGACUCACCAGCAUGGAUGAGUGUGUUCACUUUGAGCAGCAUGCAGCUGUUGCCCCACACAGGAACACCGGUCCCUAUGGCCAUGGACGAACGUUGGCGUGCAUUAUUGGACCGAAUGGUCAGAGAAUUCCCGGAUGUAUAAGGCAAUGUCUUACAGGACAACCGGCAAACUAUCGAGCGUCAACAGGCAUUGUCGUCGCACUUGCAGCAAACAAAAAGAGGAUUUUUGGUUUUCAGCGAAAGCGCCGUAGUCGCAAACUCAAAUUCCACCGUCCAAAAGUUCAUGCACCCCAUCGGCGACCAGGGCUCCUCAGACGCCUCAUUGCCCAACAGAAACUCCUUGGAUAGCUGUCGGGGAGCGGCGGUUCCCGGCAGCGGCAACCGUCAGAAUCAGCAGCAACAGCAACAGCAGGCGGGAAUGGGAGCAGCGACACCGUCGGAACCAACGCUGAGCACGCAACCAGGAGGGAAUCUCCUGUCGACGAAUGAGCUGAAGCUCUGUGCCACCCUUAAUCUUCCGCCAACGCGUUAUAUAACACUCAAGACUGUCCUUCUCAGUGGGGCGCGUAAUGCUAUCGAUACGAAAGUCACCCCGCUUGAGAAUUGUGUCCGGGAGUACCUCAUGAAGGCCGGUUGGCUCUCAAAUGGGGGCCAAUGAAUGGGAGGCCCCCACUAAAUUUCCCGGCGUAAAUUCAUUUUCCAAUUUAACACAACACACACUAGUUUUAUAUGUGUGUGGAUGUUAAUAAAAUUGCUUAAAAUGAGCAAAAUUUUAAUAGAAUUUAAUAAUAAGAAAAAAAUCGACUGCACAAGAAUUUUUUUCUGUUCUUGAAACUAUUAUUUUCUGCAAGAUAUUUAAAUAAUAAGGAAUGUAUUUAUUUGCAUAAAAAAAUAGAUAAGAAAACGUAUUAAAAACAUUAAAAAUGAAAAGAAAAUAAAGUGAUUCAUAGAAUAGAA